CUGUUUUUCAAAUGAAAUUGACAUAAGACCUGUCGCCCGCUAGUACCUCACAGACGUCAGGCGGGUACCCGUACCAUGUGAUUUCUUGACAUUCGGAAAACGUCACAUCCGUGAUCCGUCUUCCCCUAUUCCCUUUCUUCGCGAAAAUUUGAGUAUCGGUUCCCGGUAGUUUUCCAAUCUUCAUUUGCAUUUUUCAAGCGGUAUUCAACGAUUUCGUGAAAAAUUUCGCUGGAAUCUAGUAGAGUAUAUUUCAAUAGUUGUCUUGCGUCGCCAUGUUAUCUUUACUCGGGCCUCCUACUUGUACAGAAAUUUAAUUAUUUCGGAUGUUGCUUAUUUGGCGUCGCCAGGUGCUUACAAAAUAUGGAAAUUCCUUGCACAGAUGCUAUUGAUAAAAAUCAGAUUUGCGAAGUGAAAAUUCACAAUAUUUACAGCCCAUCUAGGUUCUGGGCUGUGGUAAAUAAUGCAAACAUGAAAGUAUUUGCUAGAUACCUGACCCACUAUUACAAGCAGAAAGGAGUACCAUUAACAGAAAUUACAAAACAUGCAAUUUGUGUGAUACACCAAAAGAACAACUAUUAUAGAGCAAUCAUUUUGCCAGUGAUCUUUUAUGGUCAAGAUAAAAUUAGGGCAUUUCUUGUGGAUUAUGGCAUUUUUACUCAUGUUACACGAGCAGAUUUGUUCCAGAUUAAGCCCAAACACUUGAAAGUACCACGUUUGGCUUUUAGAUGUUGUCUAGCAUAUGUGCACAAUAAAGAUAAAAAUCAACCUUGGACUGUUGCAGCUCUACAGACUUUCUGUGAAAUCCUUCAAACUAGAAAGAUUUUUAUGAAAAUACAUGAGAUCGAUGAAAAACAGAGAACUUUGUAUGUGGACAUUUUGCGCCAAUGUAAAAAUUCCUUGGAGUCAUGUAGUACCCUUCUAGUCUCCUCUGGUCAAGCUUUAUUGAAUUCUUAUGAAGCAAACACUGAAGAAAAAGAUCCUAGAUAUAAGAGGGUUAUGAAAUAUAUGCAUUUGUUUCCUACUUUUCAAACAUUGGAGGGAGGGGAAGUCCCAUAUUCCCUCUGGGAGCACAAUCUGCUGAAAGACUGUCUUCCUAAAGAUGUACUUUAUAAAAAUUAUUACGAGUAUGUUAAAAUAGAUGACAGGAACAACAAGUAGCCAUCUCAUAGCUUUGAAUUGAUAAAUUUGUAAACUAAUGUGUUCCAUGGCUUUAUAUGGGUUGUAUUUCUAUUCCAAGACUGUGCUAAUUCUAUGCUCCUUUUGGCUCCAAUUGGCUAGUGAUAGUUUUAAGACUAGAUCCUAGAUAGCAAUCUGUAGAAACUCAAAUGAAUGUUAUAUAUUGACCCUUACAUGGAUUUAUUCAUAAGGUUUUUCAAUAACAUUUUGUUCUAUAUUGUUUUCACUUGCUUUUUAAGCAUGUGAGAAUCAUUGUGUUCCAUUACUUCAAUUCAAGUGAUAUUUUGACAGUGAAUUUUUUGUUUUGUAAUGAAAUGCAAAAUUGUAGGUAUUACGUGAAACUGUAAUACUACAUAUGUGCAAUAGAUUCUAGACAUAUAUGGUAUACUUGUGGCAAUAUGAUUAUGAAAUAAAUAGUACCUAUCUUGAUCAUAAGCUACAGUGUGGCGGUAUUGGUCACUAUAUUAAAUUCAUAUUAUAUAUAUAUAUAAAGAUUAAUAGUAUUAAUAUUUUUUAUAUUUUUGUAUUUUUAUAUCUCUACAAAAUAAUGAUAUUCAUGUGUUCCUUAUGAUGUGUUCAAUAAAUAAAUCUACUUUUGAAA